CGCGAGGGGCUUCAGAAAAAGCCGUUUCUUCGUUACAGUUUACAAUACAGUCUCUCUUCGUCUCCACACCAUCCACCCCUCCUCUUCAAUCGUCUCAAUUUCUCACUGAGAUUAUGUAAAAACAUCGAAACGAGCAGGGUUUUCUGUUGGGUUAAUUGACUCUCUCUCUCUCUCAUACAUGGCUUCAAUUGGGGUUUUCCAGUAUUUCAUGAUCUACAUUGCUCCGUUUCUGAGCCUCUGUUUCGCCGCAGAUCCCUUUGUUUCUUACGACUGGACGGUUUCUUACAUUACGGCUUCACCACUGGGUGUUGAGCAGCAGGUGAUUGCGAUUAACGGGAAGUUUCCGGGUCCUAUUGUUAACGUGACUACCAAUAACAAUGUUGCUGUUAAUGUGCUUAAUAGAUUGGGCGAAGAUAUCCUCUAUACUUGGAAUGGCAUCCAACACCGUCGUAAUUCCUGGCAAGAUGGUGUUCUCGGCACCAAUUGUGCUAUCCCCAAGGAUUAUAAUUGGACUUAUCAGUUUCAGGUUAAGGAUCAGAUCGGGAGCUUCUUCUACUUCCCUUCUCUCAAUCUUCAGAGAGCAGCGGGCGGUUAUGGUGGUAUCAUUGUAAAUAACCGGGAUAUAAUUCCCAUUCCAUUCGCCACUCCUGAUGGGGAUAUCACCAUCUUCAUUGGUGACUGGUACAACCGAAAUCAUACGGAUCUGAGGAACACCCUUGAUGCCGGGAAGAGCCUUGGCAUGCCGGAUGGAGUUCUCAUAAACGGGAAGGGUCCUUACAGAUACAACACCACGCUUGUUCCGGAUGGCAUUGAAUAUGAAACUAUUGAAGUCCAGCCAGGGAAAACUUACCGUCUUCGCGUCCAUAAUGUUGGAAUCUCGACUAGUUUGAACUUCAGGAUCCAGAAUCAUAACCUGCUUCUUGCAGAGACAGAGGGAUCAUACACAACGCAACAAAACUAUACUAGCCUAGAUAUUCAUGUCGGACAGUCUUAUUCUUUCUUGGUUACCAUGAGUCAGAAUGCAAGUACAGAUUACUACAUUGUGGCAAGUGCUAGGUUUGUGAAUGAGUCUCUUUGGCAAAGAGUCACAGGUGUUGCCAUCUUGCACUAUACAAAUUCCAAGGGUAAAGCCAGUGGUCCUCUCCCUGACCCACCAAAUGAUGUUUAUGACAAGACCUAUUCAAUGAACCAGGCAAGAUCCAUCAGGUGGAAUGUUUCUGCUAGUGGUGCACGUCCUAAUCCCCAAGGAUCUUUUAGAUAUGGUUCGAUAAAUGUGACUGAUUCAUAUUUGCUGAAGAACAAACCACCUGUGAUGAUUAAUGGAAAACGCCAGGCAACACUAAGCGGGAUCUCAUAUGUUAAUCCCACUACACCAAUCAGGCUUGCUGAUGAUUACAAUUUGAAGGGAGUAUACAAACUUGAUUUCCCCAAAACGCCUCUUACUGGAGCACCCAAGAUGGAAUCAUCUGUAAUUAAUGGUACAUAUAGGGGAUUUAUGGAAGUAAUAUUACAAAACAAUGACACAACAGUACAGAGCUUUCACUUGGAUGGUUAUGCAUUUUUUGUGGUUGGGAUGGAUUAUGGAGAGUGGACAGAGAGCAACAGGGGUUCAUACAAUAAAUGGGAUGCAGUUGCUCGGUCCACAGUACAGGUUUUCCCGGGGGCAUGGACAGCUAUUUUAGUCUCGCUUGAUAAUGUUGGGGUUUGGAACCUGAGAACACAAAACCUCGACUCGUGGUAUCUUGGCCAAGAAACUUAUGUCCGUAUUGUUAAUCCAGAGGCCAACAACAAGACUGAGUUGCCCAGGCCGGAAAAUGCCUUUUAUUGUGGUCAACUAUCGUAUUUGAUGAAGUAGAAACCAAAUUCGUCUUCUGCAUCAUCAAUCACAGGAGGAAGAUCAAAGCUGCUCUUCAUACUGCAGAUGUUUGUCCUUUUUGCCAUUUUCAUUUUCCGCUAAGCUUCUCGUCAUGUUAAACUUCUCUGAUGGGUGAUGGUGUUGGUGAUGGGUUUUCUUAUUCCUGUUGCCUGUUGGAGCAUGCUUGCUUGGAUGGCUUUUUUUCCUAGUUGUGUGUGUUUAGGUGUGCAGAACUAGUCCUGUCAAUAUUAAUUUUUUUUAUUGUGAUUUUACUGGCCUGUUUUGUUUCUAGCCCAUUGUAUUGGUAAGUCACCCCAUUUCCUUGUAAUUCAGGAUGAUAUUGGGGAUAUUUCAUUCUUUUCCAUCUUAAAUUUGUGUACUGAUGAUGACUCGCCAAUUUUCAAUACCACCUGACU